AUGACCAAUACAAAUCAAGCACUGCCAGAGUCCAUGUCGGACGUAAUUCUUCCUGCACACACGACCGUCACAUCUGUGCCUGCGCUCGAGCCAGAAGAGCAAGAGCAGACAACGUUCAAGACUGUAGGGACACAAGAUGUAUCUCCGGUUCCCAUAGCCCAGCCCAACCGGCUUUCCUUGGCCUUCAAAGCUAUCACAUGCGGUCUCUGCUUCCAUCCAUUGAAAAAUAAUAAUCCCACAGACUAUCACGCAUUGGUAGUGACCCCAGCUGAUGAAGAUGGUCCCAUCCUAGGAGAGAACUAUCACGGUUCCGAUGGCGCCUCACCUAUAACCAUUACUGAAGAUCAUAAGGAGAGACUUGUAAGCGAUGUAGGCACAAGCAGCUCAGCGGAGCACCAUUCGUUCGGGCUGAGUGAAGUGCAAGAGAGCAAACGCCGAGCAGAUGAACCAAAGGAAGCGACUUCGACCAUCAUUGAAGAGAUCACUGUCACAGGGACGCCCCAAGAGAGAACCACGACUAAAACUACAACCACAAUCACAAGUACAACGACAGCAACAAACACCACGCAAAGUGACGACACCAAGACCAUUAUCCUCAAUCGUGAUGUUCAAUCAGAGACCACAGUCUUGACAACUCCACCUGUCCCUGAAAAGAAUCAGCCCCAGGCUUUGGUGGUCGCAGCUGCACCCUCAGCAGUCGCAGAAGCCCAUGUGACCUCACCCAUCUCGCCCACUUCACCUAUCUCGCCCACCUCACCUACCUCACCCACAUCUGCAGGCCAGACUCGUAGGACAUUCUCCAAGUUCAUCAAGCGCUCCUCUUCUGCCAACAGUGGUGCUCCUUCCAUUCAGUCCAACAUUACCUCGCCACUUCGCGGGCGCGCCUUUGGUCGAAUCAAGAAAAUAAUGCGCUCAAGCGAGACUUCGUCCAUCGAGUCCAAGGUGGACUCUUUGCAGAUUGCUGGUGGCGUCACGCCUGCGCAGUCAACCACCGAUGUUGGGGUUGUAAACCUUGGUGAACUCAGUCCUGCUGACAAGCAGAACUACCAUGUUGAGAUUCAAGAAACUGUGAUGACUGAGGAAGGCCAUGUGGAGACUACGGUUAUGGGCACACUCUUGACAGAGGAGCCCACUUCCCUUGCUAGCGCCAACACACCACCAGUGCUCCCACUACGACAGGGUUCUUCAUCGUCGGAGGCUCCAUCAUCGCCGACAUUCCAUCGAAUCGAUGCUAGUACCAGCAGCAGUUCUGGUCAGUCCUUGGCCAAUGCAGGCCGAUCCUCCACAGUCGGAAGUACCCUUGGAGGUAGCAGCGAAGCUGAUUCCCUGGGCUCGAGCGACGCAAACAACUCUCGUACCGAUCUCUUUGAUAAUGAGGUUGGUAAGCAACGAAAGAACAGUGUCCUCAAGAAGAUUGGCAAAAUCAUGAAGAACAAGGAUAACAUCAAGAGGCCAGACAAGGGACUGAGCCGACAUGGAAGCUCUACUUUGACCAGUCCCGUUGAAGCAGAUGAGACUGCUCGUAUUUGA